AUGAGUAUAAAUUCUCGAGUCUUUAUUGGGAUGAUGAUCUUCUUCGCCAGCUUUCAGCUCUACAUGGCGAGAAGUAACUUCUCAAUGGCUAUUUUGGCGAUGAUGAAGAGUGACGAGGAUGCACAGGUGAAAAAUUACGGGAAGAGAUUUGACUGGAGCAAGAAACAGGAAGGAGAACUACAGGGCGCUUACUUCUGGGGGUUUCUCUUCACAUCUCUGCCCGGAGGAUUUCUCGCUCAUUACUUUGGACCAAAGAAAGUGUGCUUCAUUUCGAUGCUCCUGAGCACAAUUUUCACGAUAUUAUCGCCCAUGGCCGCCAAUAUUAGCUAUACCAUGAUUUACACGGCUCGCUUCCUCAUUGGCUUUGUGGGUGGACCUCUGCUGCCCUGCCUUCAUCACCUGAUUGCCAACUGGGCGCCGCCAGUGGAGAAAGGGAAGUUCAUCAUCCUGAUCGAAGGGACGGCUGUGGCUAUCAUCGUGACUUGGCAAAUGGUGGGCGCCCUGACGGAGGCGAUGGGAUAUGCUUGGGGAGCAUUUUACAUCCCUGCGAUUCUAAUGCUCCUCAUGAUAGCCGGAUGGAUGUUCCUUAUUUACGACAGCCCCGAAAAACACCCGAGAAUCUCUGCGGAGGAGAAAGAAUACAUCAGCUCGUCUCUCGCAGGAUCCAUCACGAAUAGCGUAGGCCUUCCUCCGAUCAAAGCCAUAUUCACGUCGAUUCCCUUCCUUGCGCUGAUCUGCCUUCACUAUGGAGCUCAUUGGAUGCUCUUCUUGUACAUCACCUCCAUUCCGAAAUUCAUGAAGGAAGUCCUCAACUUCGAUCUGUCCAGCGCUGGCUUUCUCUCAUCCUUACCGACCAUUGCUCGGUUCGGCACGAGCCUCAUUUUUGCCCCCCUGGGAGACUUCCUCAGGCGCCGCGAACUCAUGACUGUUACUCAUAUCCGCAAAUACUUUACAAUGACGUCUCACAUUAUUCCCGGAGUUUUAAUCAUUGUCAUGGGAUUUGUGGAUGAUGCUUACAUUUCUGUGGCUAUUUUGACACUCUUGUACGGUUUCAAUGGAUCUUCCACGGUUACAAAUAUGCAAAAUUGCCAGGAUUUGGCUCCAAAUUACGCAGGAACUCUCUAUGGCAUCAUGAACACAUUCACCACAACCGCGGGAUUCAUUGCGCCGAUGGUUGUGGCGCAUUUCACCGAGGACGAUAAUUCUCUUGGUAGCUGGAAGAAUGUCUUCGUUGUCACAGCUUGCAUUUUCUUCUUCACUGCCAUAACGUUCGUCAUUUUCGGCUCCGGGGAAAUUCAACCGUGGAAUGAUGUCCAAAAGCUGAAGAAAGUCAACGAAGAAGAGGACACAGAUGACACACCAACUUUCGAGCGGUCGACUUUAGAGCAAAAUCAAGCUUAA